AUGCCACCCCCACAGAUUGUGUAUGUGGUAACAGGGCUCGGCAAACGAGCAAUGGGCUUAGUCGAAAAUCUCAAAGGCAAGGGACUCAGAAUCCUAAUUGACGAUGAGGAAAUCGAUAAAAUAAGCACGGUAUACCUAAGACGAGCAAGGGGCCAGUAUGACCCAGUGCAAGUCAAAUAUAUGAAUGGAGACCUCCAUACCUCGAAAGCGAUCCGCGAACAGUAUGAGGCAGAGGCGGCAACGAUGCGACACAUCGAUGAAUUCUCCGACUUCGAGGGUACACCAAAGCCGGAGGAAGAAGAGCAGGCGGAGGUAAAAAAAGAAGAGGAAGAAGACGAGAAAAUGGCUGAUGAAGAGGAGGAAGAAAAUGACCACCCAGAAGAAGUCAGAUCAAUCAAAAAAGGAAAGGAAAAGGCAAUCGAGAGUGAUGUAAGCCAAGCCGUUGAGGAAUCAGAGAUGGAAUGGACGAAGCUCGACUUGUACGACAGAAUCGAGCUUGCGGUAGAAGCCAUCCGGGAAUAUAGGGUCAGCAUUAUUAAUGAGACGGCGUAUGAAAACCCGGACGUCGACAUGGAAAUUGCAAAGGAUAUGGUAGAUGUUCCGGGAGAUCAGGAUGCAGCUAUGAUGUAUGAGGCAGCGAUGGAUGUUAUGGAAGAAGGAAAGGGGAAAAAGAGGAAGAGGCAUGAAGAGGAUCAAAGCCAUAGAGAGGAGUUCUGGGACGCAUGGAUGAACCCAAGAAAGAUCAUACAACCGGGGAAGAAACAUAUUAUCGAGAAGCUGGUCACGGGACUAAGCUCAAGCAAAUGGGCCACUAUAGCCAGGAAAGAAAUUCGUCAGGGCCUGAUGGCAUCCAAACAUGCACCAAUAUGCACCAAAGAAGGGCGAGACCAAAGAGGAACAAGACAGCUAACGCCCAUCACAAUAAGCAGCCAGAGCUCGAGAAGAAGCACCCCGGCACUGGAGGAGCUCAAGAAAGAGAAAUUGCCUGACUGGGCAAAGGUAAUGAUCGAUACCAUCAAAGUGUUACAAAAGAAAGUAGCCAGACUAGAAGGUGAAAAGCUUGCGGCAGCACGAGUAAAGGAGCGAAGAGGAAUGGGGACCGAGGAACCUACCAGGGGGGGAAGGAAGAGGCCAGACAGCAACAGGAGAAAAGAAGCCGAAAGCAUAAACGAGAAUAGGAGCGAACCCAAAAGCACUAUCGGCGAAGUUAAAGGGUGGGCUGCGAGUGGAGCAAAUCUCACCCCCAUCGGGGGGAAGAAAUUUGAACCGAAUACUUCAGCAGGGGUCGAGGAGGACUGGAAGAAAAUAGGAGAAGACCGGAGGAAAAAGCAGCUGGAGCGCAUUGCAGAACGAAGAGAGAAAGCGAGAAAGAAAGAAAUUAUUGUGGAGGUUAGAAAGGGCGACUCAAAUCAAGCAAGUAGCGAACAGCAACCCCUAAAAACAGCGGAGGAGUUUAUCCAGAAACUGGGAUUAGAUAAAGAACAGGUGGAAAAAACCAUGAUAAUCUCGGAUGAAGCGGGAACUCCAAAACCAUUGAGAGUGGUCUUCAAGAGUGAGGAAGCGGCGGAAAAGGCACUAAAGGAAAAGAAAGAGGAUGUGGAACUGGGAAAGAGGCUCGAAAUAAAAAGGAAGGAAGAAGACUGGGCAGGUAUUGUCGUAUAUGGAGUAGAUACACAGUGGGAAGGCAAACUCGAGGAACUGAAAACCCAUAUCGAGAAAGAGAAUAAUAUUACUCUUAUGAAAAAUCCCCAUUGGAUGACCAAAAACGAUACAAGGAAAACAGGAAAGAAGGAUCUAGUAAUCCACGUGGCGACAAGAAAGGCGAGCGAAGCGAUAAGAGGCAUCAAACUGGCAGACGGAUACACGUAUAACACCAAAGAUAUCAAAGAACACCAUACCAGAGAAUACAUCGCCAGAGGAGCGGCGAAGGAACUCCAGUGUACAACAUGUUGCAAGUUUGGGCACUGGUGGGCAAUGUGCCGAGCUAGGAGGGCAAGAUGCGGUAUAUGUGGAAAGGAGGGCCACCGGACGGACCAACAUAAGUGCGAUGAUGAAACGUGUAUUUCAAAGGGAUGGUGCAAGAACCACAGGCAAUUUUUGAAGUGCGCAAAUUGCAAGGGACUCCAUGGAGCCCGAUCCAAGUGGUGCAGGGAGCGCGAGAACUGGUUUAUGAUGUCAAUAGGAAUGGAGCCGGAGAAGAAGGAAAAUAAGGGAGGUGAAUCUAGUGCCGCGAAGGUGGUCAAAAAGACCGAGAAUGCUUAA